AUGUUUUUCCCCCAGGGCGCCCCCCACCCGACAAAGUACAUUCCCAAGGGACGCACCACCAAAAGCGACAUUCCCCAGGGAGCACACCCCAACGCGACAUUUCCCCAGGGGCGCCCCACCCCAACGCGAACAUUUCCCCAGGCCGCACAGCACCCCACGCGACAUUGCCCCAGGGAGCCCCCCCCCCCCACCACCAACGCGACAUUUCCCCCCCCACCACCGGGCCCCCCCGCCACACCCAAACGCACCGACAUUUUCCCCAGGGGGGCGACACACCACACAAACGCCGACAUUUCCCACGGGGCCCCGCCCCCCACCCCAACGCGAAAUUUCCCCAGGGAACCACCACCCCCAACGCGAAAUUCCCACAAGCCGCACCCACCACCACACAAACGCGACAUUCACCCGGGCCCGCACCCACCCCCAGAAGCGACAUUUCCAAGCAGGGCGCCACACCAGAAGCCGACAUUCCCCAGGGCACACCACCCCCCCCACAACGCGAAAAUUUCCAAGGGGCGCCACCACCCCAACGCGACAUAUUCCCCCCACCAGGGCACGCCACCAACCCAGCACCAGCCGAACACAUAG